AUGGCAGCCCCUAACGCUCCGUCUAUCGAUAGUACUGCUACAAACAUACCUCCAUCCGACAACUCAACGCCCGCCGUGAGUGUCCAAGGGAAUGAGGACCCCGAAAAGGGUCUCCAAGGAGUAGAGCAGACAACCGAAGCACAACCCUCUGAAAAAGCCACUGCUGCUGGCCCAGCACCCGCAACACCAGCAAUUAGCCCGCCGCCUGAUGGAGGCGCUGAAGCAUGGCUCGUUGUUCUGGGAGCAUUCUCCGGUCUAUUCGUUAGCUUUGGCUGGAUUAACUGCAUCGGAGUCUUCCAGACAUACUAUGAGAGUCAUCAAUUGAGCGAAUUCUCUACCAGCACAGUUACAUGGAUCACAUCGCUAGAAACAUUUGUGAUGUUUUUCUGUGGCCCAAUCUUCGGAACACUAUUUGACAGCUACGGUCCCCGCUGGAUCCUCCUCGCAGGCACAUUCUUCCACGUCUUCGGUCUGAUGAUGGCCUCCCUCUCAACAGAAUACUACCAAUUCAUCCUAGCGCAAGGAAUCUGCAGCCCAAUUGGCGCAAGCGCAAUCUUCAACGCCUCCGUCAACUCUGUCAGCACAUGGUUCGCCAAACGCCGCGCCUUCGCUCUGGGCGUGACAGCCUCCGGAUCCAGUCUGGGUGGUGUUAUUUUCCCCAUCAUGGUGACUCGUUUGAUUCCUCAAGUCGGUUUCCCUUGGGCUAUGCGUAUUUGCGCAUUCCUCAUUCUCUUCAUGUUGGGUAUUGCCAAUGUUACCCUCAAGUCCAGACUCCCGCAUCGUCCCAAGCCUUUUGAUAUCUGGAGUUUCCUGCGGCCAUUGGGAGAGCUGAAGUUCUCGCUUACGCUUGCUGGUGCUUUCUGUUUCUUCUGGGGAAUGUUCUUGCCUUUCACUUUUGUUAUUACUCAAGCGGAAAGAUAUGGCAUGUCCCCCGGUCUUGCGGGAUAUCUCAUUCCCAUUUUGAACGCUGCUAGUAUCUUUGGCCGUACACUCCCAGGCUACUUCGCCGACAAAGUCGGCCGUUACAACAUGAUGGUCGUCACAACUUUCUUCUCCGCAAUCCUCGUUCUGGCCCUCUGGCUGCCAUCGCGAGGAAACGUCCCUGCCAUCAUCUUUAGUGCUCUGUAUGGUUUCGGCUCUGGUGCUUUCGUCUCCCUCGCUCCAGCCUGUAUCGCACAGAUCUCGGAUCUGCGCCAGGUCGGCGUGCGCAACGGUACUUUCUUUGCUAUCAUUUCCUUCGCAGCUUUGACGGGCACUCCUAUUGGUGGUGCUCUGGUUCCGGAUGUGCUUCAUGGCUCUUAUACUAAACUGCAGAUCUUCUGUGGAGUUGUUAUGAUUGCUGGGUCGACGUUGUUUGUGUUGGCCCGAGUUGUUGUUGGCGGUGGGUUCAAGCUGAACAAGGUGUGA